AACUAUUGAAAAAAUAUAUUCCCACAAAAAAUAUUGAAUUAAAAAUUUUGUGAAAUGUUACCACCAUCGCGACAACAAGUUUUGCGUUUGUACAAACAUUUAAUACGUUACGGCAAUCAAUUGCAAUUAACCGACAAGUCGUAUUUUUUGGGCCGGGUGAGACGUGAGUUUCGUGAGAAUUGCAAAGAAACGGAGCAGCAUAAAAUAGAAUUCAAUUUUAAGAGAGGAGAAACGUUGCUGCGUAAGGGACGCAUACUAUAAGGAGCACCAU